GAAGGAGGGGGAGACGUACUUCCCAUUAUAUGUUCUGAGGGGAAUUCCUUUUUUUAAAAUAUAUACAUAUAUAUUGCGAGAUGGUAGUGACCGUUAGGCUUGAGGCCUGCGGGUCUUGCUCUUCUCCUCCGCCGACGUCGCGCUCUUAGAACGUUUCGGAAGGGCAGGCCUGUCGCCGCGGGCGGGCGGAAGGGCGCAUGCGCACCGAGCCCGCCCCUCCAGGCGCCCCCUCCCACAAGCGCAGGCGCAGUGAAGGCGGUGGGGUUUCUGCCACACCUUCCCUCCUUCCCAUCGGUCAGCGGAGUUCCGCUUCCUACUUGUAGGCGGGAGGAAGAGGCGGAGCCAUUGCGUCGAGCCGGCUGUGUUGGCAUACAUGAGGCAAGAUGAGUGUCCCAGACUACAUGCAGUGUGCAGAGGACCAUCAAACAUUGCUAGUUGUGGUUCAGCCAGUUGGAAUUGUUCCUGAAGAGAGCUUUUUUAAGAUCUACAAGCGGAUCUCCACUGUGAGUCAGAUAAACGUCCGCGACUCUCAACGUGUGCUUUAUAUCCGCUACAGACAUCAUUAUCCGCCAGAGAACAAUGAAUGGGGGGAUUUUCAGACACAUCGCAAAGUGGUUGGACUCAUAACCAUUACGGACUGUUCCUCAGGAAAAGAUUGGCCUCAGACCUUUGAAAAAUUUCACCUUCAGAAGGAAAUAUACGGUUCCACACUUUAUGAUUCCCGGCUGUUUGUCUUUGGGCUUCAGGGAGAAAUUGCAGAGCAGCCUCGUACUGAUGUGGCAUUCUAUCCUAACUAUGAUGAAUGUGAAAAUGUAGAAAAGAGAAUAGAAGACUUCAUUGAAUCUCUAUUUAUUGUAUUAGAAUCCAAACGUCUAGAUAGAGCCACAGAUAAAUCAGGAGAUAAGAUCCCUCUUCUAUGUGUUCCUUUUGAGAAGAAGGAUUUUGUAGGCCUAGACACAGAUAGUAGACAUUAUAAGAAGCGUUGCCAGGGCCGGAUGCGGAAGCAUGUUGGUGACCUGUGUCUACAAGCUGGGAUGUUACAAGAUUCCCUUGUGCAUUACCAUAUGGCUGUGGAACUGCUCCGUUCUGUCAAUGACUUUUUGUGGCUUGGAGCUGCUCUUGAAGGGCUGUGCUCAGCCUCUGUUAUCUAUCAUUAUCCCGGUGGCACAGGAGGUAAACUUGGUGCUCGCAGGGCACAAGGAGGUUCAGCUGCUGCAGAGGCUGCCAAUAGGCACCGACCAGGGGCACAAGAAGUUCUUAUUGAUCCAGGGGCCCUCACUUCAAAUGGCAUUAAUGCAGAUACCAGUACUGAAAUAGGGCGUGCUAAAAAUUGUCUUAGCCCUGAAGACAUUAUCGAUAAAUACAAAGAGGCUAUUUCCUACUAUAGCAAGUACAAGAAUGCUGGUGUGAUAGAGCUGGAAGCCUGCGUGAAGGCAGUGAGAGUGUUGGCGAUACAGAAAAGAAGUAUGGAAGCAUCAGAAUUCCUUCAGAAUGCCGUUUAUAUUAACCUCCGUCAGCUGUCUGAAGAGGAAAAAAUUCAGCGUUACAGCAUUCUUUCUGAGCUUUAUGAGCGUAUUGGAUUUCAUCGCAAAUCAGCCUUUUUCAAGCGUGUGGCGGCAAUGCAGUGUGUGGCACCUAGUAUAACAGAACCAGGCUGGAGAGCCUGCUAUAAACUACUGCUGGAGACUCUUCCUGGUUAUAGUCUGUCUUUGGAUCCUAAGGAUUUCAGCAAAGGAACCCAUCGUGGCUGGGCUGCUGUGCAGAUGCGUUUACUCCACGAAUUAGUGUAUGCUUCUAGAAGAAUGGGAAACCCAGCACUUUCUGUUCGACACUUAUCCUUUCUCUUGCAAACUAUGCUGGAUUUUCUUUCUGAUCAAGAAAAGAAAGAUGUAACGCAAAGUCUAGAAAACUAUACAUCAAAAUGCCCUGGCACAAUGGAAUUCAUUACACUUCCAGAUGGCUUAAAACUCCCUCCUGUUCCAUUCACAAAGCUUCCUAUUGUAAGAUCAGUGAAACUCUUAAACCUACCUGUUAGCCUUCGGCCACAGAAAAUGAAAAGUUUGUUGGGUCAGAACAUGUCAACCAAGAGUCCCUUUAUAUAUUCUCCCAUCAUUGCUCACAAUCGUGGAGAAGAACGAGGUAAAAAAAUAGAUUUUCAGUGGGUCCAGGGAGAUGUUUGUGAAGUUCAGUUGAUGGUGUACAAUCCAAUGCCCUUUGAACUUCGUGUAGAAAAUAUGGGUCUUCUGACAAGUGGAGUUGAAUUUGAAUCUCUUCCUGCGGCUCUUUCUUUACCUGCCGAAUCUGGUCUCUAUCCAGUUACACUUGUCGGUGUCCCUCAAUCAGCAGGCCAGAUUACCAUAAAUGGUUAUAAUACUUCAGUCUUUGGAGUCUUCAGUGAUUGCCUUCUGGAUAAAUUACCCGGAAUAAAGACCAAUGGUUGUACAGUGGAAGUUAUUCCAGCUUUGCCUAGAUUACAGAUUAGUACUUCAUUACCAAGGUCUGCUCAUACACUACAACCAUCUUCAGGAGAUGAUAUCACCACCAGUGUAUCUGUUCAACUAUAUAAUGGAGAGAGCCAGCAGCUCAUCAUUAAACUAGAAAAUAUUGGAACAGAACCUUUAGAGAAAUUGGAAGUCACAUCAAAAUUGGUGAACACAAAAGGAAAACUGUUCGGUGAUUUUCUGAGCUGGAAUCUAGAAGACACACUCUCCCAGUUUCCCCUGAAACCUGGAAAUACUGCUACAUUUACUGUGUACAUUAAAGUAAAGCUUGACUUCUCCUGUCAGGAAAAUCUUCUGCAGGAUCUUAGUGAUGAUGGAAUUAGUGUGAGUGGCCUUCCACUUUCUAGUCCCUUUCGACAAGUGAUAAAACCACGAGUUGAGAGUAAACCUAUAAAUCCUCCAGAAACAACCAAAGUUGGUGACUUCAGUCAUGUAAAGACCCUGGAAGCCAUCUUGAAUUUCAAAUACUCAGGAGGUCCAGGGCAUGGAGAUGGUUACUACAGAAAUUUGUCUCUGGGAGUUCAUGUGGAGGUGGAGCCCUCUGUCUUCUUUACACGAGUCAGUACUCUGCCAGCUACAAGUACCCGUCAGUGUCAUCUGCUCCUUGAUGUGUUCAAUUCAACGGAACAUGAACUCACAGUUAGUGCAAAGAAUAAUGAAGAUCUAGUCUUGCAUGCUGGAGAAUGCCAGCGAAUGGCUAUCCAAGUUGAAAAGUUCAGCUUCGAAAGUUGUCCAGACUCUCCUGGAGAAAGAGCUCAGUUUACAAACCCAAAGCAACUGGAAGAAGAGAGACAGCAGGCAAAAGGUUUGGAGAUCAACAGCAAGUUAGACAUUAUCUGGAAAAUUCCCUCGUUGAAGCGUGAAGGGGAAGCAAGUGUAGAAGGAGUUCUCAAUCAACUAGUCCUAGAGCACCUGCAGUUGGCUCCUCUCCAGUGGGAUGUGUUGGUGGAGGGCAAGCUGUGCGACUCUGAUGUUGUAGCCGACUGCGCAGUCGGAGACCCUGUAAACCUGGAAGUGAAGCUGACCAAUUGGAGCAAGCGCGGUGUAGGCCCCUUCUCUCUCACCGUAAUCCCCUACCAAGAUUACCAGAAUGGUGUCCACAACUAUGAUCUCCAAGAUGCCAUCAGUUUUGUUGGAUCCAACACUUUCUAUAUUGAUACGGUGAAACCGACAGAAAACAUCGUGUGUACGGGAGCCCUCCUGUUUCUCUACACUGGCGAUUUCUACUUGAACAUCAAAUUCCAUGAAGACAACUCCAGUCGAGAGCUCCCCCACUCCUGGUUCUGCCUGCCCAGCAUUCACAUCCGUGCUGUGAAUUCUGUGAUCCAGACUAAGCUGUAAAUGUACCGUGUAACAUUGCAUUAGGCACCAUGCUUCGCUAGACUGGGCAUGGCCUCCCUUUGACCUCGGUCUAUUGCUUUCCCGUCUGAGAUUUCUACUUACUCUUUAGAGGUGUAUUCAGGCGCUUUCCGCUGUUGAUUAAUAAUGAUGGGACCACUGUGUUUGGUUAUUUGAAAAUAGAUGUGGCUAAUUGUAGUGAGGAAUUGGAUUUCCCUUACUUUUAACAGAGUGAUUUUCCUGUCUUUCGCUCCCCCAGAUUUCAUUCUGUUCUUUCCUCUUGAUUUUUUAAGGAAUAGUUUGGAACUUUUCCAGAUCCAUAGCAAAUGCAGACUCAACCCCCUUCUUCCUUAACCUGCAGCUUCCCUUGUUUCCUCCUGGCUCACAGUUCACGUAGAUGUGGGCGAAUCCUAAUUGGAUGGGCGUUCUAGGUCCAGCUUCUGGUAUUGCUGACACCAAGUCGGAUCGCAGCCCAAAGUGGAACAGCCGGUGGUCACCUUGGCUGCUUUCUCAUUCAGCUCAAAUUUCCAAAGUGUUUGGCAGAGUUUGAAGACCAGCCCCUCUGUGGUUGAACGAGUUGGGGACCCGGAACUCAUUAGAAAGUUUUCUUGGCAAAGCAUAUGGCAAGGAACAAGGAUGGCUGGCCCUUUCCAGGAAGAAGAUUUGAGAAGAGUCCAGAAUGCAUACAUUCUCUCUGCUCUCCCAUUUUUACUCCUCUGCACUUUGCUGCUCUAUACUGAUUUAAGUACUGAAUUUCCUGAUCUGGCAUCUCCAGACUGAAAUAAGGGGAAAGGGUUACAAAGUGUUCAAGUACAACACAUUGCAUUCCCCAUUCACUUGUGCUACUGUCACUUACUUCCACUACUCUCUCUCUCUUUGACUUCCACUCUAAACAUGACAUUUGUCAAAGUGUGGGGCCAUUGCUUGCCACGCAGGCUGUGUCACCGACCAGUUGAGCCAGCUUUGCUUGGAAUUCUCUAGGGACAAGUUGCCACGUAGGUCACAGUUGCCUAACCUUGUCAAUUUCUGAGUCACGCUGGGCUUGGUGUCGUGUCCUGUGCAAUUUCACAGGCUUGUCUUUUCAACUAGCAAAUUUUCAAAGCACAAAAUGCGUGCAUAAAAAGCCACAUAAGACAUAGUACGAGUGUUUAAUCUGAUCUUCAAGGGCGACGUUUUACUUUGCUUUAAAAAGACAAGUUUUUCUUUUUAAAAAAUCUUCCUACAAAGCCCCAAAUUCUGUUUCCACUGUGGGAUGCGGAUAGUUGGGAAUAUGAAAGUAAAUUGAAACAGGUACGCAUAGUGACUUCAUUGUGUACAAAUAUGGGUCUGAAUUCAUUUACAGGAGAAAAAUCACAGAUACUGAAUGGAAUGGCUAUAUAAGCCAGUCACAUGGGCACUAGCAUGAGAAAUGGCUUUCUCUGCGCACGCUUUUAGGGUGGUUCUUUUAAUGCCAUGUUUGCACAGAAGGUUUCUUCUUCUGAUCUGGCAUUAAUUGGGAGGCCUGGGGGCUUAUAGGAAAUUAGUCCUUACUGUAUUGUGUAGCAAGGGAGUCCGAUCUCUCCCACUGCCUUGUUUUUGAAAGGAAUGGUUUUCUGUAUCUUUCACGUUGUUUCAUCUAAUGGGGGCCUUCAGAUAAUGGUCCCUGCUUGCAGAGAAAUAAUGGUUUGCAGUGCAUGACCCAGGGUCCCUGGAAAAUGCCACACUAGAAAACACCUCUGGGAAAUGGAACCGUUGCUCCAGGUUAUCAGCAUUUAUUUGAGUUUUAUUUAGAUUGCAUCAGAAUUUGACUGCACUCUUGAUUGGAGGUAAAAGUCUACAGAUCUUUAGCAUAUCACUUGAUUUUUCACCUCCCCUUGGAUAUACACAUGCUAGUUUAUAUAACGAGAAAGUGAGAGAGUUAAGGUUAGAGACAUUAACUUUCUCUUUUUAGAAGAAAAAAACUCAUUCUGCACUCCCCCAAAGUCUUUUAGGAGAUGCUUCAUCUGCUCUGUAAAACAGUUGCUUAAAUAGGCGGAGGACCCACAUGGCAUUUUAAAGCAUAUUGUCAAAAAUUUUAGAGAAAGCUUUCUCCGGCUACUUUUGAUCAGCAAAGUGCUAUGUAAAUUGAACGUAUUAUUUACUAAUCCCAGUCCUAACAAGGUUUCCAGAUGGGUGAAUGUUUCCUUAUGGUUGAAAUUGCUGGUGGUCUUUGUUUGCAAACUCCUGCAAUAAUGGCAGCACAAAUUCAGAUUUUAAAAAGUGUUGUGUUCCUUCCACCUUGUAGUCGUCUCUGCAGCUGCUCUCCUGGAGGAUUUGCUGACUCAUAGAUAUUGUUGUGUGCAAGGUGACUUUUGAAGUCUGUUCCCUUAUAGAAAUGUAGCAUCUUCCCCAUUCUCUUAGCUUUAGUGAUUAUCUGCUUUGGUCUUCUUCCAGCUUGCUUGUUUCCUUGCAUGCACCUGAGCAAGAGAGAGGAAGUGGACAGCUCUGCGAGGUUUGGAAUGCUGAAGAUUUCUAGCUAGAAGUAAACCUCCUAUUGUCUUGCCCUUUGUUUCACGAGAACAUAUUCCAAAAAAAUCCGCUUCAUCUACUUAAUAUAACAAAAUCCAUCUGAAGUUGCUACCUGAAAUUGGACUUGCAAUCAAAUGUACUAGCAAGAUGUAGGUGCAGAUAUUUUAUGAUAGCUCCCCCCCCUCCCAAUAUGAUAUGUAAUAGGCCAAGUUCAACUUCUAGUUUUGAUGCAACCCUACUUCGGUUAGUGAAAAACACUUAUUUGAUUUAAAGCCUGUUACACACUGAGCUCCAUUUGGUGUAUUGUCUGGUGGAGACACUUGCGUCAUAUGUAAACUGAAGUUACCAAAUAAAUGAGUAGCUUUUGUACCAUACAUUGGUUUCCUUCCAUUAUAUGUAUAUAUUUCUGGUUUUUGAUCUUAUACCUUGUAAUGACACGACACCUGAGCUGCUGGAACCAGGUAGCAUCUGAGUGCUGAGACCACUUAGGAAAGUUUCAGUAAUUUGUUGGUCUGGAAUUCAGUACUAUGCUAUAAAGUGAAACUUGUCAAAAUAAAAAACGAACCCCU